CGGGGGGCGGGGCUCUGAAAGUUUUCAGGAAGUUGUGUGACAAUCGAAACUUUCCUGGGACUCGUCGCAUUGCUUGAAAACUGCGCGACAGCCGCUGUGAAGUGCUUAAAAAAAUGCAGGGCAGCGCUUACGGGGCCUCGCUGGCCGGCGGCACGUUUGACUGCGAGGGCUUCGUCAAGCGGCCGCAGACGAUCCUCCGCUUCCUGAGCUGGAUCUUCUCUAUUGUGGUGUUUGCGACCAUCACAGCAGAAGGCUACAUUAACACCAGCAAAGAGGCCACUACGACGUGCGUGUUCAACGGCAAUGACAGCGCCUGCAGCUUUGGAGUCGGGAUCGGAAUCCUGGCCUUCUUGGCUUGCGUCGCCUUUCUGAUUCUGGACGCCUACUUCCCACAGAUCAGCAAUGCCAAAGAGAGAAGAUACAUCGUUAUAAGCGACCUGGCAUUCGCAGGUUCUUGGACAAUACUGUGGUUCAUCUGCUUCUGUUUCCUGGCCAACCAGUGGUCCAACACAAAAGAGUUUCUCCAUGCGGAUGCUCCCCGAGCUGUCGUGGCCUUCUCCUUUUUCUCAAUCAUCACCUGGGCGUGUUUGACUUACUUUGCAUAUGCAAGGUAUCGUGAGGGUGUCAGUGAAUUUGAUCAGGACUACAGAGACCCUGCCAACGACCGCACUACUCCAUACCCUCACGCUCCAUACGACAGCGGCCCCACGGGUUACCAGCAGUCCCCUUUCUCCAACCAGCAGCAAGCAGGGGAGUACCAGCCUCCGACUUAUUGAAGAACUAGGAUUCAAACACAUGAAUCCAACGGGAGCUUUCUUUUAAAAAGAUGUGCUAAUGGUUUGAACUGGGAUAGUCCUUGGCACUACAAUUCUUUUCUUCCUGCAGAAAGUGUUUCUUUUUUUUGUUUUACAGUUUUGGGUGCACUGAUGUGUUAGUUCCACUGUUGGAAGUGCCAUAUAAAGCAGCUGAACUUUAAAAAAAGAAAUUGUUUUGUUAGUUGAAGAUUGUUUUAAUAAGUGAGAGACUGUGUGCCAUUUUCCUUUCACCUACACACUCGUGGUUUCUCCAGUGCCCCUUUUUGUUUUUAUGCAAUUUAAGAGCUUUUACUGUCGAGGCAAUAAUCAGCAGGUUGGGAUUUACUUGUGUGUUUUGUUGGUAAGAUGGACAAACUGUUUUAUUGUUACUGUUCAGCACAAAUACAACUUAGUAGUUUAGGAGCAAUAAUCAAACAACCACUUCUGAAAUGAUUUGUUACCUUCUUUUUUCCACAGAAAACAAACCCAUUUACUUAAUAAUUAAUGGGUGCAUUGAAAAUGUUCCCUUUGUAUCUACUGCAAUGUCAGGUCUGUGUGUCCUUUUUAAAUAAUCAACCACUGAAUGGCUUUUGUGCACUGAGAGAACCUUUUUUUUGAAAGCAGCUUCCUAUUUCAGCAGUAGCUGAUCUACAAUGGCUAAUAUUCAGAAUGUAAUACUACUACAGUUUAGUAUUUGACUCUAUUUUGCUUUGAGAUAGCCAAACCAUUUAUUUGCAUUCGCUGCUGUAGAUGUGUAAUGUGCCUUUACUGAGAAAAAUAUUUUCAAGCCUCAAAUUCCGCACGUUUGAUUUUAAUAAUUUGGUGAUUUCACAGAAUUUACAUAUUUAUUAUUCCAAAUGACAAUCGAACCAUAUAUUUCCUACAUUGUAUUUUCAUACUGUGGCUUUUACACGUGUUGCAGUUUUACUGGUAUAUGGUUGGUUCUCAUUAAAGUGCCUUUUACAGUAUUCUGUAUCACACAGGGUUUGCCAAAUAAAAACUGGUCAGAAA